AAAAACGUUUCUUUGAGCCUCCGAUGGGUCCUGCCGUUCGCUUGUCAAAAGUGGAGUCGUGGUUCUUUCGAAUUAAUCCACGGCACGAUCGAUAUUUGAGUGCUGACCACUUAUUAUGAAAUGAAUCGAGGGUCAAGAUUAAUCCGAUCUAGAUUCUACUCCAUUAUUACGUCCCAUACCCAAAGUGUCUUCACUGUACAAUUGAAACGUCUCAGGUUUUUCGCAUUCAUUUUAAGAAUUCGGAUCGCAAACAAGGUGCCCAAACUUUGUAUCCACAUCGACCAUAUACCCCAGCAAGUUCCGAAUGACCCUAGACACAAUAAAAUAGAGCUUCGUAACUCCUCCGUAUGGCCCCUCCAUGUUUCCACCUAUGAACUGCUGAUCCACUGCAUGGCAGGUUCGCAACGAGCAAAUCAUGAUUGUUUGCAUCGCAAAGUGGCCCUGUGAUAUCCGAGGCAUGGUUCUUCCAUAACCAAUUUACUGGAAAUCCGGAAGUCGUUCCCCAGAAGCUUAUGGAUUACUCCCGAUACAGAUUCAGCUUGUUCUCUCCGUGCUUUCACAGCCUUCCGAGAAUCCUUUUGUCAGUUUUCCGUUCAUUAUUCUCUUUUCCCACUUGGUAGUUCAUAGUUGUUAAUGAGCCGACAGGGGCGGCUCGUUAACACAUGCCAUAGGGCGCGGUAUUUCGUAAUAUUUUACUUUCCCCCCGUGCUCUACUUUUCUUAAAACUAAUAGAUAUAGUAUUGAUAAAUCCCAGGAUAGUGCUUUUUUCACGGUGGGUUUUAUGAACCAUCGGCAUCCGGCACUUCAAUCAACGAUGCUUGAAUCUUCAUGAACUGUUUUGACUGACGAACCCAAUAAUAAGCGCUAUGUCAAUGCCAACGACUGGCUUGGUGGUUCCGCCAGGACAAUCACCCCCAUUUGCUGUCGUGACGAGUACGGAUCAUUCAGCGUGGGUGAUAAUAGCGACGGCGUUGGGACUUGCAUGCGUGCUGGUCUUCGGUGGGAUCAAGACUUUUGCUAGAACUUCAUUGGGGAAAGGGGUCAGUUAUGAUGAAAUGUGUCUUGUGGCUUCAACGGUUAGUUGCUUGAAAAUAUAAUUUGCGGCGGCCACUCCUCGCCGUGAUAAUAUUCUCGAAUGGAAUCAAAUGGCUGAUGGAAAGUGUAGCUCAUUGCGUCCAUUCAAUCGUCGGUGAUACUGGGAGCUUGUUCGAAAGGCUUGGGAAAAUCUAUCGAACUUGUACCGGUGAAGAAUCAAGCUUCAAUACAGCAAGUAAGUCCGAGCCAACAAAGUAAUGCGGUUUAGAUGCAAACAAAGGCUAAUGUUUUAAUUUGGCAGAUGUGCUACACAGGCCUCGUGUUGUUCGUCAUAUCUGUUGGUCUCUCCAAAGCUUCAGUGGUAGUUUUACUGGGAAGUUUGACGCCAGAUCAAAAACAUCAGAAGAUAUUCCGGAGCGUAAUAGGUUUAAUAGUGAUUUGGACUAUCGCGAGUACAUUUGCUGUGGCUCUCCAGUGCAAUUUGGCGCAUCCGUGGAAAACUAUAGGGGAGCGUUGUGACAACGUAGUAAGCUUCCUCACAUCGGAUUUCGUCCUAAACUACGAAUCUAACAGAAAUUUUAGUUUUUGAGAUGGCAAAUUAUAUCUUCUUUUGAUAUUAUUUUCGAGCUCGCCUUUGUUUCUCUAUCAAUUUAUCUAGUAUGGAGUCUUCGAACGAGCAAAUCAAAUAAGACAAUUGUAGUUGUUGCAUUCGGCUUUCGUCUUCCGUACGUUUGGGGUUUUCAUUGAGUAUAAGCGCACGCUAACGCUCCUAUCUAGUAUGAUCAUCGCCAUUUCGUACCGACUGGCGACAUUCGACAUAAAUGGGUUGAGCAAAAAUCCCAUGUUUCUCGAGGACGAAUUCAUUAUAUGGACACAAACCGAACUCAACUAUUCUGUCAUUUCAGCCAUCAUACCAAGUCUCCGACCUUUUGUCAAAAAUCUUUCUACAUAUUACGGCCAGGAGCUAGGAGGAAGAUCUGGAUAUACGCUGGAGAAUUCCGAAAACUAUCAACUUUCAAAUUUGGGCUCAGGCCUCCGGAAGGACACCCAACAAGAAGGGAGGGUACGGGAAGAUGUGGAUCCGGACGACUAUAAAUUUAGGAUUUGGGCAAAUGAGGAAGGACGAGGUGCUAAGAGACAUAAGAAUAUUGGGGAGGGAAGUUCGAGGUUAUGGAAAGAAACUGGGGGUGAAGCGGCGGAUGGAUUGAGUGUGGGAAGUGGUGAUAGCCAACGGAUGAUUAUCAAAAAGGAUACUACAUGGACGAUACAGAUGGAUUGAUCAGAGAUGGAAAUGGAAAUGGAAAUGGAAAUGGCCAAGACAUAGGAUAUUGGGAAGCCAAAAUAUGGCAGCAGAUAAUGCUUUCUAAGGAAUUAGGCAUAAUAGGAAGCGGUCAGACUCCAGACACGCUUUGAUUCACACAUUUUUCAAGCGGUUUUUAUUAUGACGCAAAACGGUUGGAGAGCCCACAAACGGUGGUCGUUGAACCUUACUGCAGUUCGAAUGACGUCGUGUCAUUCUUGCAAGAUCCGAUAUCUCAGGCUCAGUAUCUUCAUCAAUCGAUUCCUGGCUCUAGAGUAGAGUGAAAGUGGGAGCCAUAGCCGUAAGAGCUAAAUCAUCUCUACAUUUUUCUGUGCAGAGCAGAACAGGCACUGUGGCUCAUGUAGAAGAUUCCAUCUCAUUAUUGUUCAACGGACACAGGGCAUGGAACAUCUAAACCCUGUCAAAAGCCGAAGACAGUUUAGGAAACCCGUACCUGCAUGGAGCAUGAACCCUAAGAUGCGGCAAACUCCGUCAUACACUUUGUAUAAUGUUUCGGUUGUGUAUGAACCGGACAAUUUCAACAUCCAUCUAAUCCACUAUCCGUCCAAU